AUGCGACUAAAAUUGAAUAAGAGAGACGCAACGGCAGGAGGUGUUGUUUGUAUGAAUUCCGAAGGGAUCCAGUGGAUAAGUGAUAUUAACUUUCCUGUAAAGGAUCAUAAAGAAUCCCUUUUAACUUACAAAAAAGAUCUUGACUGCAAAGAUUCCAAGUGUGUUUCAUUUUGGGGAAAAUCACCAUGUGUCGUGUUUCUAGUAAAGAAAGUUGAAGAAGGUUCUGCUGCUGAAAACGUCGUUGGUGAAAGGAGUAUUGGCGUUGACGAAGAAAUAACUUUUUAUACUCUUUUACACAAACCACCUUCACAUAUCGAGACUGACUGCUUCUGGACUAACCCUCUCAAAACCAUGACGUUAAGCGGCGUGACAAACCCUGAAAGUUUACAUGAACUGAAGAGUUCCUUCACGCUCCACAAUACAGUAGAAAACGAUAGAGAGAAAGAAAAGAAAAGUUUUUUAAAUGAGUUGUCGCCACCUCGGGCUCAAGUAUCUCAAACGUACUUUUUGAGCCGGGAACCGCAAGCAUUUUCUUAUUUUUCAGUGAUUUUUGAAAAUCAGGGCAAAGUGAGAGAUAUUGAAAGCAAAGUACUUCAAUGCUUUACACCAGGGGAAAAGACCUUCUACGGGACUUAUUGUCUGAACAAAGGCCGUAUUUUCUUAAGCGCAGAAUGCGCUUUACCUGAAAGUCCAAAACUUUUUGGUUUAAAAAAGAGGAUCAUUGAGCAGGACGCAAAAGCCUUCAAAACUACUCGCAGCAAGAGGUACAAUGUAAAACACUUAAAUUCACUUAACAGCUUUGAUUCUUCAGAGUAUUCGGAAGAGGGGUUGCCUCUGAAGCAACAAAAGGUGCAAGGAGACAUGUUUGAAACAGAAAUAUUGCGAAGCAGUUCUGUUAUUUAUCCUACCUUUUUAGACGGGAAGGAUGAGUCCAGGGAAGAGUGGAAGAGCUUAUAUAACUCGAGUGAUUUUGCUAGGAGCUUGCCAACUUUACUCGAUGAUGUUUCUGAAAUUGAGCGAGCAAUUUUUGAAGUAUCUGAAAAAAUUUUAAAGCAGGAACCAGUCAGUAACGCGCAUGCCGAAUUAAAUGAAGAACUUUUGAAAGCUACUUUAGAAAACGCAAUUACGCAGUACCAGCAGGAAAGGCAAGAGCACCCAGCGGAUGACACGAUAUUGCAGCCGAAUGACGUUCCGAAUAAGAUUAGAGAAAAUCUUAUAUCUUGGAUGGAUACUGGCAGAUUCAUACAGUGCUCCAAAUUUCUGGAAAUUAGUAAUCAUACUAGUAGGAAGGACAGAGAAGAAAAGAGUGUCUGCGAAGAGGACUUGAACAAAAAAACUGGGUUACUGGAGAGUAAUGUAGCGGAUACAGUUUUAAAAUCUAAUAAUGAAGACCAGAUCUUGGCUCCCGAAAUGUGGUCACUGGAAAAGGAAAACACUAAGCCGAUUGAUCUACAAAACAAUGCGGUUGAGAGAGAGUUGGAAUCAGUAUCCCCUAAUGUAGAAGUAGAGCUGUUGGAUACCAAAAGUCAGGCUAAAGAACUCGGUCCUCACCAACAAUUGCAAGAAAACGCUCCAAAUAUUUUAUCGAAAUUAAAAGUUCAGAUCAGUUCUGUAGUCGAGUCUAUCAAACAUGGUAAAAAGCGGCUUCGUUCUAAAUCUCCAAGCAAAAACUCUCCAAGAAUCUACUCAAAAACAGGUUAUUUCGAAAGUGCAGAUGCUUCCAUUAAUUUCAAUUUGCACCGAAAACCUGAGCGUAUGUUUGCAGAGAUAAAAAUAAAGUGUUGUAAAGGAUCGACUUUUUGUAAAGGACGUGGGAAAUUUAAGGCAGUUGACUCAAAUAAUUCUCAAACGAAGAAUAAAACUGGAGAAAUUCUUAUACCCGUUUUAGAUGCAACAAAUGGUGGAGGUCACGAUAAAAUACAACAGAAUUCGAUAUUGCGAAAGUUCAUGUGCUUUAGGAGGGUAGCGAGAAGAGGAUCUCCAGAAGAUUUUGAAUAUAAACCUCCAGCGAAAAAUGAUGUGGGCGAAGCAGUAUCACGUCAUUUUGAUGAUCAGUUGCGGCCAACCGAAACAUGUCACACUGUCGGCGCUACCAGUCCACAAGGAAAACUGAGCCUUCCGCCUGAUUUCCUUCCUUACUUUGAAGAAUCAAUGCAGUUGGAAGCUGUUCUUUCCAGUGAUGUCGCAAAAAGUGAUUUCAAUGAGGCGCCCUACGUGAUUGCUCAUUUCAAAAAAACUUCUGUGUUUGAAAAGAUAGAAACGACCAUAGGUAAGCCAAUUUUAAGAAAAACUGAUGAAUUUCCCAGGAAAGCACACUUUUCUGAAACCGACAAUUGUGGAUGUAAUGUUGGAGGACAUAAAUGCUUCUUCGAUCGUGAUCUUCAAGAAGUGAAUUUGAGGAGAGAGAGGAACAGUAACAGCAAAGAGUUGAGUGAACCAGAAUUAGACGCGUUUGGUGAGGAGCAAAAAAAAAGUGAUGAAAUGUUGGCAAAUGAUUACAAAAAUGGAGGUGAAACGUCUCAACGCCAGUCGUAUGAAGAGUUAUUCCUUAAUUUCAAAUGGAAACGUAGGCCUCAAAAAUUUAAAGUCGAUGCAAAAUUGGUGCCAGAGCUGAAAGAAAAGCUGGAGUCUUCUGUAGAAAAAACCGAAUACGAGGUUGCUAUUGAACAGGCUGAAGACACUCAGAGUUGUGCCUUUAUUAUGCUAAAAAGCGCGGAGGACGGUGCUACAUGUAAUUUAAGCGAAUGCCAUUUGACAAUUGCAGGCGCUACUUUCCCUACGAUUUUGCACUCCGAGAAUCCUGAGGAAUUCCAUAAAAAGCAACCGAAAGCACUGUUUGGUAGGACCGGUGAGGCUGUGGAUCCAAAGAAGGAGAGCAAAUCUGUUUCUGUGACAAUAAGCGCCAGAAAUGCCAGUGAGGCUGCUUACGCUUCUCUUGAAGAAAUUGCUUGGGGUUCUGUUAAGAUGAACAUUUCUUGUUCGCCAUCUAAUUCCGACCAAACUUUGGGUUUCGUUAACAUGUCUUUUCAACCACUGAUUCAAAAUUUGUCGGUAUCAGAAGGCACGGAAUGUGAAAAAAAAUCACUUCAAUCGUUAGAAUCGUCUCACGUUUCUCAAGGAACUCUGUCAUAUGGAGAUCGGAACCUGUUCUCAGACAGCAUCGAAAGUCUUAAUGUACCAACAUACAUCCUCAAAGAAGGAUCUACUGCCACAAUAACAUGUGAACUGAAUAGCCUAACAAGCACUGAAGUUAUUUGGUACAAAGGGCAAAAGCAGAUCGAGUUUAAACCAGGAAAAAUAGAUCGCAUAAGCCACAACUUGGUUGAGGUCCUCGUUAUCUCUCAGAUAAAUUUAGAGGACAGCGACAUUUAUAAUAUCCUUGUAAAUGACAGGUUGUACCCUGUAGCCUGCCUGAUAGUCGAAGAAGAAAUUGGAGGGAAAGAAAGCAUUAAAUUUUUAAACCCUCCCCAAACCCUCUUCGUUAUGGAAGGGCAGCCUGCGGUGCUUACUUGUCAACUUUCGGGUCCAGGACAGUCUUUAAUUUGGACUAAAGGGGAGCGUGUUAUCCAGGCAAGUGAGAGAAUAAAAUUGACUUCUGAUCCUAAUGGUUUCUACGGAGUUCAUAUAAGCAACACUACUAUUGAAGAUCAAGGUACAUACUGCGCUCGGUACGGCAAGCAAGUUUCUACAGUAACACUGGUUGUUGAAGGUUUGCAAUCACAUCUUCGCUAA